UUUAUGCCCUUCAUUUUUCUCCUCUGAAGGGUCAUGGCUGGGCUGAUCAAUUUCGAGGAUGAGGAGGAGGUGAAGGAAUACUUGGAUAAUCUGGGUGUGGAGUUCAGUUUUCAGUGUUACAAGGAGAAAGAUCCUGACGGUUGUCACCGUUUGGCUGAUUACCUAGAUGGAGUGAGGAAAAACUAUGAUGAUGCUGCUAAAGUACUUAAGCAGAAUUGUGAGAACAACCUGCACAGUGAGAGCUGCUAUAAACUUGGAGCUUACUAUAUGACUGGAAAAGGUGGGCUCGCUGCAGAUUUUAAAGCUGCUUUCAAUUGCUUCUUGAAAUCUUGUGAAAAAGGUGGGAAGAAAUCCAUAGAAGCUUGUAACAAUGUUGGGCUGCUGGCACAUGAUGGACGGGGAAAUGAUGAUGAGAAGCCCAAUGUCCUCCUGGCCAGGGACUACUACAAUAAAGCUUGUGAUGGGGGGUUUCCCCCCAGCUGUUUCAACCUUAGUGCAAUCUAUCUUCAGGGAGCCCCUGGAGUACCAAAGGACAUGGGCCUGGCUUUGAAGUAUUCUUUGAAAGCAUGCGACUUGGGACACGUGUGGGCAUGUGCCAAUGCUAGCCGAAUGUACAAACUGGGUGAUGGAGUUGAGAAGAAUGAUGCCAAGGCAGAAGCCCUCAAGAACAGGGCCAGAGACCUCCACAAGGAACAACAUAUACCUUCAAGAUCCUUAACAUUUGGAGAGUAAACCCAGCCAUGCAAUCUACAUUUUUUUCAAUAAGCAUAUUUGUUAAUGGUGUGCAAAUUUAGUCUGCUGAUGAUUUCUGUUGCACACGCCUAAGAUACAUUUGUGUAAACAAGUCUUUCUUUGUCUAUACACAUUGUUGUUUUGUAACACAAUAAAUAAAUUCUACAUUUUUA